AUGCCUACCAACCGACCGUUCUUCGCCAAUUUCUUCUCAGCCUUUCGAGCCCGUACGAGCCCGGCGUUCCAGGCAAAAUCCAGCUCAACCUACGAUGCCUUGUCGCCCGGUUCGCUUGUGGCAGCCGCACAUGUUUCUACGACCACGGCAACAGUCACCUCGUCAAGUACAAGAACAAUAGCCACAAAAGGUCCGGGAGAAGCCUCAACCCCCUCAUCGCAGCAAGUGCAGUCCAAACCCAACUCAACAACACCUCUCCCUUUCUCGUCUAACCCAAGUUCACAUCGAUACGCACCACCUAUGUCCAAGUCGCCAGGGACGAGUUCGCCCGGUCCUCAUGGCACGCAUACAACCACCAAUCUAUCAAUGUCACCUCCCGGCACGUCCACACCGAUGACAAGAGGGCGACAAAGACGUGGCAGCGACAGCUCCAAUGCGUCGGGGGGCUUCAUUGAUGCCGUGGGUCCGGAAAAGUGGUAUAUCGGCGGCCGGAAUGCAGCGGGCGAAGAGACCUUUUACAAACUUGGCUUGGUAACAGGUGGAACAGGAAGAAGAGUUCGCAGCUUAGACCGCUUGAGUCUUUGA